UAGAAAUACAUAAUGCAAGACAACUCACUUCUGAAGGGGAAGCUAAAUGUAUUUCUCAUGCGGCAUGACUGAACCCGAAAUAUGUUUUAUAGAAACAAAUCAAAGUGUCCAAAGUAGGGGACACCAUUACCAAGAAUAUUUAACAAUCUCCACACUUUGACUUAUUUCAUGCAAUGGAAAAGGGCGAAAUGACUUUCUCCCAUAUACAGUAUCCACUGUUGAAGAGCUGGUGUCAAACCCGACCGGGUACACGGUCUUUCUAGCUCCAGUUUGGUCACUGAAAUUUGAAAAACAAUUCUCUUCCAAGGACAUAACUGUUUGGACAGUAAGGACGUGGACAUUGGAUAUCAAACACAGAUGUUGCAUAAUGCUGACCUAUUUCAUAACAAAAUGUAAGUGAAAAACAUUUUUCAAAUGAGAAUUAAUUCAGAGUUAUAGAUUCAACAAAAACUACAUAUCUUUGUAGAUUCAGUUAUAUUUUUGUUUCCAUACCUUUUGAGAGCAGUAAAUCUAGCAAUAUUCACCUUUCACACAGUUGGUUUUGUGAGAACUGAACCACAAAAAAAGGCAGUGGGAAAAACAUGUUUUUUUGUAAUUGUCAAAAUAGAUUAGUACAAAAAAAAAUGUCACGAAAAAAAGUUGCUCGGGCACUAAUUAUUGUUAUUAAAAGUUAGGUCAGGUGGUCCCGUGCGCGCCGGCUCUGCCGCUUUGCAUUCUGCGUGCGCGCUCCCGAUGGUUGCCAUGACGCCGAAAGGAAACUUCAGGCGGCGAGCAGCGAAGAUGGACGCCAGCGGAGAGAAAGCUGUCGCCGGUUGAGAGUCGGUCCACUCGACUUCUGCUGCCGUCGCGUUUCUGGUAAAAGCGGCAUGAAGGCUCACAGCGGGGAGGUCGGUGUGUUUGUCCGCAUCCGACCAACGGCCAACUUCUCCCCGGACCUCAUCGAAUGCCUCCCCGACGGACAGACGGUGAACGUCCAUCAAAGGAAAGACCCCAAGAAGCCCCAGGACACCAAGAGAGAUCAACUGGUCUACUGGUCUUUCCGACUGGACGGCGUCCUGCGGGAUGUAUCCCAGGAGGAGGUGUAUGCCCGAGUGUGCCAACGCGUGGUACUGGGAGCACUGGAUGGCUAUAAUGGAACUCUGAUGUGCUUUGGGCAGACCGGUGCAGGAAAGACCUACACCAUGACAGGAUCUACAGAAUCCUACAAGCAGCGUGGUGUCAUUCCUCGGGCCCUUCAGGAGGUGUUUCGGGAGGUGGAGAAAAGGACAGCGCACUUCUUCUCUGUGCACUUGUCCUACCUGGAGAUCUACAAUGAGACCCUGGUGGACCUGUUGUCAUCGCUGCAAAGCUCCCCCCGCUCGUCUCCUCGUGGCAUGGUGGUGACGGAGGAGCCAGGAAGGGGGGUGUUCAUCAGGGGCCUGUCCCUUCACCCUGUCCACAGUGAGGAGGAGGCUCUCAACCUGCUGUUUGAGGGGGGGUUGAACCAAAUGAUUGGAUCACAUGCCUUGAACAGGAACUCCUCCAGGUCCCACUCUAUCUUCACUCUGCAUAUAGAGUCUCGCUCACGUACUCUGUGUGAUGACAAGUACGUCACCUCCAAGCUGAAUCUGGUAGAUUUGGCCGGGUCUGAGAGGGUGGGAAAGACUGGGUCAGCGGGUCAAAUCUUCAAGGAAGCGAUGUAUAUCAACAAGUCCCUGUCUUUCCUGGAGCAGGCCAUCUUGGCCCUGGCAGACCGCCGCAGAGACCACGUUCCCUUCAGACAGACGAAACUGACUCACGCCCUCAAAGACUCACUGGGGGGGAACUGCAACACCGUGCUUGUGGCCAACAUCUAUGGUGAGGCUGCACAGAUAGAAGAAACGCUCUCUACACUGCGUUUUGCCAGCAGAAUGAAGUGUGUCCGAACAAAUCCUGCUGUUAAUGAAUGCAGCAGUCCAGAAGCCCAGAUCAAGAAACUUAAGAAGGAAGUAAAAAUGCUGAAGGAAGAGCUGUCUAUCUGUAACAAAUUGGCAAACCGACCGAGCUCCAUGUUGUCUGAAGCCCAGCUGGCUGAGAUCAACAGCCAGGUUCAGAGGUACCUUGCUGGUACCUUGGAGGAAAUCAGUAUUGUAAGUAUCAGGCAGGUCCAAGCAGUGUUUGCUCAGUUCAAACUUGCUGUGCAGAAACCGGAGGAGAAGGGGAAGUCUCCGAUAAGCCAGACCUACAACUCUGAGAAAGACCAAAGUGCUAAAACAGCCGGCACCAAGGAGUGGGGCAGCGUGGAGGACGGCAGCUUUGAGGCGUCCACGGCGUCACAGAAAAACACCCAGCGGCCGAGUUCAGCCAAAACUAAGAAGUCUAAGGACAAACCGAGCCAAAGCAAGAGACCGGAAGAGGCGAGUCCAGUCUCAAGGAAGGGCUCGGAGAGUGGCUCCGAACCAAAGCUGAAUUCAGUGCAGAUGGCGGAGGAGUCACUUGAACCGGACACGGAGAGCGCGGACACACAAUCACAAGCUCCUGCCAACGAACCCUUCCAUCUUGAUUCUACUCGACCCAAAGCAGAAGCCUUUGAGGAUUUUAAAGUGGGACCAGGCAGCAAAAUCAACAGCAUCCUGAAGGAGAACAAGAGCGUGCUGCUGGAACGCCGCAGUCUUCUGCGACAGAUAUCUGAGGAGGUCAACGCCGUCAAGAGAGAGAUCGACCGCUUCACAGCGUCCAUGCAGCAGCAGAGGGAGACGAGAGGGGGAGAAGGUCAAUAUGUGGCCACGGAGGAGGAGCCAGGUCCCACCUCACUGAUGCAGCUGAAGGAGCUGAAGGUUUUGUACCGGCAGAGAUACCAGGUGCUGCGUGAGAUCAAGGCAGAGGUCAACUACUGUCAGCACCUUGUGGAUCAGUGCAGAAUGCGCCUGCUCACUGAAUUUGAGAACUGGUGCGAGCAGUCUUUCCUAGUGUCCGAGGACGUGACUACGGAUAAAGUCCUCGAACACGGGAAGGAUAACCAGCGGCCUUCAGAGCUCGAUCCGAACAGCUUCCACUCGUUCUGCAACGCCCGCUGCAGGAUGCUGAAACUGAGGAACACUCGAGCAGUAUCCUCCACUCCAUUGCAGAGAAGACUUCCUCCCAGUUAGCAAGAUGUCACUACAUGGGCAGCAGCUGUGGAGAAGAAGAAAGGUGAAGGAAACUGGACCAAUCCCUUAAAUCUGAGAGAGAAGCCCCACAAUCACAGCUGGAAUGGAGCAAAACAACUGGAGCAGUCAGUGACAGCACAUUUAAACCAGCUCCCUCCAAUGGCGCUCUGAAUUCAAACUAUUAAAGUUACGGCUGGAAUGUCUUUAUCUGAA